UUCAUUAAUUGCUCUUGGAAUCGGAUAUUCAAAUAUUUAGGAACUUUAUCACGAGAUUAACGUCAUAUAUAAACCAUUCCCCAAAAUUUUUGUUUGGUAUUUUUUUAUACCAUUUUUUCAGUUUUCUUCCACGGAAAUGUGUACGACGACCGUGUGCACUAUUUUAAUAGCAUUUCUGGCGUUUGCCAGUUCGGACUACACAAACUUUAACGAUUUUUCCGAAAUGGUGAAGAAAAGUAUUUCCGAAUCCAAGCGCUACAGGCUGCCACUCGAUAACAGAAAAAUCGCUUAUACUGCUGAUUCAUCGACCAACGAAUUUGGGGAGUUUGAUUUUAUAGUGGUCGGUGCCGGAUCUGCGGGUGCCGUCCUCGCCAACAGAUUAUCCGAGAUUCGCCACUGGAAGAUCUUGCUUCUAGAAGCUGGCGGAAAUGACAACGACUUCAGCGACAUUGUCGGAUUGGCAGCUCAUUUAUUUUAUUCAGAUAUGAAUUGGGGUUACAAUACCACCGCACAAAAGAACAUGUGUUUCGCGAUGCCCAAUAAUCAGUGCAUUAUGCCAAGGGGGAAAGCCAGAGGCGGCUCUAGCACAAUCAAUUUAGGUAUCUACUCCAGAGGUCAUCCUGAGGAUUACAACAGGUGGGAACAACUUGGCAACGAGGGGUGGUCGUUUGAUGACGUCCUGCACUACUUCAAAAAGUCGGAAAAUGCUGUCUUCGAGGGCCGAGAUGAGGGUUACCACGGAAAUGGAGGGUAUAUGCACGUAGAUGUUCUACGACCUACAGCCGGAUUCCAAUCUGCGAUAUUUGGGGCGUUCCAAGAUUUGGGCUACAGCAAUGUGGAUCACAACGGACCAAAUCCGAUAGGAGUCAGUCGGAUGCAGUUUUCCCUGAAUUAUAACAAGAGAGCGAGCACUUCGCGGGCAUUUUUAGAUUUUUUCGAGAAACGGCCAAACCUCGACUUGAGCCUGCGGAGUUUCGUCACUGCAAUACUGAUCGACGAGUCGAAACGAGCCUACGGGGUAGAGUUCAUCAAAGACGGGAGACGAUACGUCGCGCGAUCGAAGAAAGAAGUUAUUUUAUCAGCCGGCGCGGUCAAUACACCCCAAUUGCUAAUGCUGUCCGGUAUCGGACCUAAGCAACACUUAGGCGAGCUAGGAAUCGACGUUAUCCAAGACUUGCCGGUAGGAGAACAUUUAGCGGACCACGUUUAUUAUCCUGCUCUAUUUUACAGAUCGAACCAAACGUUUUAUAACCAAACUGUGGACGACAAUAUUGAAGACUACACCUACAACCUGAGACCUUUGACCUCUGCUCUCGAAAUGGUCAGCUUCGUCAAUCUCAGCGGUUCGAAGGUGGAUCGACCAGACGUCGAAUAUAUGAUUACAGUCCCGACUACCACGGAUAACCUUCGAUUACUAAAUCCAAUGAAGGAGGAGUUUAUCAUGGACGUAGAUGCCUUGCACGACAUCUGGUUUCCCCUGGUCCUCUUACAUCCGAAGUCGGUCGGCAAAGUAACGCUGCAGUCCAGCAGCAUCUUCGAUUUCCCACUGAUAGAUCCGAAUUAUUUGUCGGACGAAGCUGACUUACAGACUUUAUAUAGGGGCGUUCAGUUUAUAAUGCGUUUGAACGAGACGGACACGUUCAAAACGUAUAAGGCGACCUUUAGACAUCCACCGGUACCGGUCUGUGACGAUAACCACGAGAGAUUUUCGAAGGAAUGGUGGUUCUGUUCUUUUAAGACCUACAGCGUCAGCAUACUCCAUCCAGUUUCUACUACUCGCAUGGGCAACAAUCCUCUGACGUCGGUCGUUAAUUCGAGAUUACAGGUUCACGGGAUGAAGGACUUAAGGGUCAUCGAUGCUGGCGUUUUGCCCGAACUAAAUUCCGGCCACACCAACGCCCCCACGAUCAUGGUGGCCGAAAAAGCGGGCGAUAUUAUUAAAUCGGCUUACAACGAGAUUUGUUUCCAAUAA